AUGUCUGCUGCCAGCUGUCUGCUAUCUGAAGAUCAGUUUCUGUGCUGCAUCUGUCUGGAUGUGUUCACUGAUCCAGUCACCACACCAUGUGGACACAACUUCUGCAAAAGCUGCAUCAAUCAACACUGGAACAGUAAUGACCAGUAUCUGUGUCCAAUGUGUAAAGAGACUUUCUACACAAGACCUAAACUUCACAUCAACACUUUGUUCUCUGAGGUUGUUUCUCAGUUCAGACAGGAAGCUCAACAGAAAGCCAGCAGCAGCAGCUCAGAGCAACAAGCUGCCAAACCAGGAGAAGUUCCCUGUGAUGACUGUAGUGGAACCAAAUUGAAGGCCCUGAAGUCCUGUCUGGUGUGUCUGACCUCCUACUGUGAGACUCACCUGGAGCCUCAUCUGACAAAGUCAGGCCUGAAAAGACAUCAGCUGAUCAACCCUGUGGAGAACCUGGAAGACAGGAUGUGUAUGAAGCACGAUAAACCUCUGGAGCUGUUCUGUAAGACCGACCAGACAUGUGUCUGCAUGCUCUGCCCUGUUUUAGACCACAAGACACAUGAGUUUGUUCCUCUGAAAGAAGAAUAUGAAGGAAAGAAGGCAGAGCUGGGGAAGACAGAGGCUGAAAUUCAGGAGAUGAUCCAGAAGAGACGACUGAAGAUUCAAGAGAUCAAACACUCAGUUGACCUCAGUAAGGAAGCUGCAGACAGAGAGAAAGCAGAUGGUAUUCAGGUCUUCACCGCUCUGAUGCAGUCUGUUGAGAGAAGCCUGAAUGAGCUCAUUGACACAAUUGAAGAGAAGCAAAGAACAACAGAGAAACAGGCUGAAGACUUCAUCAAAGAGCUGGAACAGGAAAUCUCUGAGCUGAAGAAGAGAAGCUCUGAGGUGGAGAAGCUCUCACACUCUGAAGACCACCUCCACCUCCUCCAAAACUUCCCGUCCCUGAAAGCUGCUCCACCCACCAAAGACUGGACAGAGGUCAGCGUCCGUCCACCAUAUGAGGAGACUCUGGUGAGAGCUGUGGCUCAGCUGGAGGAGACGCUCAGUGAACAGAUGGAGAAUCUGCUCGAGCUGAAGAGGGUCCAGCAGUAUGCAGUGGAUGUGACUCUUGAUCCUGAUACCGCAAAUCCCUGGCUCAUCCUGUCUGAUGAUGGGAAACAAGUAAACUGUGGUGAUGUGGAGAAGACUCUCCCAGACAACCCAGAGAGAUUUUCUGAUUGUGGUAAUGUUUUAGGAAAGCAGAGUUUGUCUUCAGGCAGAUUUUAUUUUGAGGUUCAGGUUAAAGAGAAGACUGAGUGGGAGUUAGGAGUGGCCAGAGAGUCGAUCGAUAGGAAGGGAGACAUCACACUAAUACCUGAGGAAGGUUACUGGACUAUAUGGUUGACUAAUGGAAAUGAGUACGAAGCUCUUGAUGAUCCUCCAGUCAAUCUCUCUCUGGAGUCCCAGCCUCAGAAGGUGGGGGUGUUUGUGGAUUAUGAGGAGGGUCUGGUCUCCUUUUAUGAUGUAGAUGCUGCAGCUCUUAUCUACUCCUUUACUGACUGCUCCUUCACUGAGAAACUCUACCCAUACUUCAGUCCCUGUAGUAAUGAUGGUGGUAGAAACUCUGCCCCUCUGAUCAUCUGUCCUGUCAAUCAAACUGAGUAAUCACCUGUUUUACUUUAUAAAAAAUGAUUCUGGAUUGAUUUCUGUAAUCUGUGUUUGUCAUUAAUGUUUUGUCUGUUGUUAAUGUUGUCCGUCAUUUGUUUUAUGUGCACUUCAUUUGUUAUUCUUUUAUG